CCCCCUCCCCAGCCUGGCGGCUGUAUUCGCUCCCCCGGGGCCGCAGGGGUGCCCGGUCGGCGGGGAGCUGCCGGUUCCCAGGGGGGAAGCCCCUCCGGUAAAGCCCAGCUCGCUGACCCUCACUAUUUCCUUUCCCGGAACAGGACCCCCACCCCAGGAGCGGAGCCGGAGAUGAUUUCCCACAUGGAUCAGAUGGAGGAAGGGUGGUUCUCCCGCCUCCACGCCUACCGAGGGGAGAGCCUUGCCCGGGGCACCUGUCCAGCUGAAGAUGGGCUUGUGGGUGAGAAAGAGGAAGAUGCCCACCAAGGCAUGCCCAGGCCAGUGGAUCCUGCGGGUUUGCUCUCAGGACUCUCCAAGGAGAACACUUCCCAGAGUCUUGCACAGGACCCUGUCCUCCCACGCAGGUCAGAAAGGGUUCAGAGACCUCUGGGGAAGAGGCAAAGCCGAGUGACGCUGCGUGGAAAAAGUUUCCGGAGGCUGCCCGAUAUUAUCCAGCAAAGAAAUCCUUCGGCGGGGAGACUGACGAUAUGCGGGGACUGCGGGAAGAGCUUCAGGGUGAGCUCCAACCUCGUCCAGCAUCGGAGAAUCCACACCGGAGAGAAACCCUUCUCCUGCGCUGAAUGCGGGGAGAGUUUCCGGCAGCGGUCGCAUCUCAUCCAGCACCAGAGAAUCCACACAGGGGAGAAGCCUUACGUGUGUUCCGAGUGCGGAAAGAGCUUCAGCAUGAGCUCAAAGCUGAUUCGGCACCAGGUAACCCACACUGGGGAGAAGCCCUAUAAGUGCCCCGAGUGUGGGAAGAGCUUCUCUGGGAACUCACAGCUCGUCCAGCACCGGCGAGUGCACACCGGGGAGAAACCCUACGAGUGCAGCGACUGCGGGAAGAGCUUCAGCGUGAGCUCAGCCUUGACACGACACCAGCGGGUCCACACCGGGGAGAAACCCUACGAGUGCAGCGACUGCGGGAAGAGCUUCAGCCAGAGCUCCGAGCUGAUGAAGCACCAACGAGUCCACACCGGGGAGAAGCCCUACGAGUGCUCGCAGUGCGGGAAGAGCUUCACCGUGAGUUCAGCCCUCAUCCAACACCGGCGGUUCCACAUGGGCGAGCGUCCCUACGGGUGCACCGAGUGUGGAAAGAGCUUCACCGUGAGCUCCCACCUCAUCCAGCACCGCCGCUUCCACACCGGGGAGCGCCCCUACGAGUGCAGCGAGUGCGGGAAGAGCUUCCUGUGGAGGUCGGCCCUGCUGCGGCACCACCGGGUCCACACCGGGGAGAGGCCCUACGCCUGCGCCGACUGCGGGGACAGCUUUCGGCAGAGCGCCCACCUCAUCCAGCACCGGCGCAUCCACACCGGGGAGCGUCCCUACGCCUGCGCCGACUGCGGGAAGGGCUUCACUGGAACGAAACGGACCGCCGUAGAGCCUGCCGCCCUCCGCCCAGAUCAAGGAGAGCUCUGGCCUUCCCCCCCCUGCCCCGCCGCAGCCUCCAGAGCCUCGGGAUUCCCUUCCUCAGCCCCUGCGCUGGGCCUGGGGCGCGGAGAAGCCAAAAGCCCGGGCUGCCUGGUGGGGGUGGUUGCGGGGAGGGGGGUGUGUGUGUUCCGGCGGGACCCCAUCGCUGCGAUCGGUCACUGAAACGGCCAAAUAA